CUCCAGGCGACAAAUCCAUUCCAAUCUCUAAUCUGGAGUUUUAUUAGACUCCUAGUUAAUUUUCACUUUAAGGAUUCGCUAUUUCUGCCGAUUUUCUCAUUAAAACCCUGCGACCAACGUGACUGAGAUCCUGGUAACCAUGCCGGGAUUCUCUAUCUUUAUCUGAAUGUAAGAAUAUCAAAUAUGGCGUUUGUUUUGGUUAACAUCUACAUUAUCAACGCUGAUGCUUUUGGAGAUAUUUCGUAAAUAAUGAGCACAAAAUAUAAAGCAACACCAUCAGUAGCUGUGAUGGUAUACGUGAGAUGUAUUGUGGCUAUUGUGGGAGACGCAGAAGUUCAAGAGACUCUGUCAUGUCAUAAAGUGCUAAGAAUUAUCAAGAAGCGGUACAAUCAAGUGAGACACUUGUGUUUUGCAACACUCAAAAUGCAUUUGUAAUAAAUCUAUCUAUAUUUUCA